AUAACCAUCUUCUUUCGUACAAGUCUCAAGUCUCUUCCUUGUGAUUAUCGUACACUUCUCUCAAUUCGUCGUUAUAUAGAUAGCCACCAGCCUUUUAUUCUCAGUCACAGGCCUCUCAUCGGGAAAAAAAUCUCCGGCGGAGCAGUUAAGUUUCCGGCGAUCGGAGGUGAAAUUAAUUGGAUUCGAUGGAUCAUGAAGUGGAGUGGCUUGAAGCACAGAAGAUAGAGACUAGCGUUGACUUGCUUGCUGCAGCUAAGCAACAGCUUCUCUUCCUCGCAGCUGUUGAUCGUAACCGUUGUCUCUACGACGGCCCUGCUCUUGAAAGAGCCAUCUACAGGUACAAUGCUUGUUGGCUUCCUCUGCUUGCAAAACACUCACUUAGUGAAGGGCCUUUGGUUCCUCCUCUUGACUGUGAAUGGAUUUGGCACUGUCACAGGCUUAAUCCUGUGAGAUAUAAGAAUGACUGUGAGCAGUUCUACGGGAGGUUACUCGACGUAUCUGGCGUUGUCUCUUCCGUGAAUGGGAACUGCAAACUUGAAACUGAAGAUUUGUGGAAAAGAUUGUAUCCUGAGGAGCCUUAUCACCUUGACUUGGAUAAGGUAGUCUCUGAAACGUCUUCAGCUCUUGAGAAGUGCACCAAGUAUGAUUUGGUUUCAGCUGUGAAAAGGCAAAGCCCGUUUUACUACCAGGUUUCGAGAUCCUAUGUAAGCAACGACGUUUUUCUAGGAGAAGCUGUUGCUAGAUAUAAAGGGUUCCUCUAUCUGAUUAAGAAGAACAGAGAAAGGUCUUUGAAACGUUUUUGCGUUCCGACUUAUGAUGUUGACCUUAUCUGGCACACCCACCAGCUCCACCCUGUAGCUUACUGUAAUGAUUUGGAGAACCUCAUUGGUAAGGUGUUGGAGCAUGACGACACAGAUUCUGACCGUGGAAAAGGUAAGAAACUCGACACCGGGUUUUCUAACACUACUGCUCAAUGGGAGGAGACGUUUGGUAGAAGAUACUGGAAAGCCGGGGCAAUGUAUAGAGGCAGUACACCUGCACCUGUCACAACUUCUCCUUAUGCGUCUGAUGUUUUGGCUAAAGAACCAACUCCAGAAGACGAUUUAAUCCGAGUUCCAGAGGUGGAAGUUGUUGAGGUUCUCCUGGAGAUUAUCGAUGUUAGAAACUUACCAGAGGGACAUAAAGGAAAGCUCUCCGUUGUGUUUAGCAAGACUCAGCCUGAUUCUCUUUUCGAUGCUGAGCGUAGACUGACUAUUUUAUCUGAAGCUGGGGAAAAGCAAGUUGCUUUUUUCCAGUGUGAACCAACAGGAGAGCUUCGUUUCCAGCUUGUCUCCACUUCACCUUCUAAGAUACCAGUUUCGAGGGAGCCUAAAAGCUUAGGUUUUGCGUCUUUGUCACUAGAAGAGUUUUUCUCACCAGCUAUCACUCAACUCUCUGUUGAGAAGUGGCUGGAGUUAACGCCCAGUAAAGGUAGCAGAACAGAUCCGAAACCCAUAAGCCUGAGAGUAGCAGCGUCUUUCACUCCGCCGACACGCUGCCCGUCUGUUUUACACAUGGUUCAGUCGAGGCCGUCGUGGAAAGGCUAUUGUUUCUUUCCAAGCAUCAGAAAGUCCCGUCAUUCCAAGAGUUCAACAUAUGUUGUUGAUGAAGCCCAAACAGAGGUGAUCUCACUCCAAAUGAGUGAUGGAGCAACACUUAAAGGUGAUAAUAUUGCUCAAAGACAAGUGAUUGGUGUGAUGGACUCUGGUGAAACUCGUGUGCUCGCGGAGUAUACUGGCACUUUCUGGUCUUUGUUGGACUCGAAAUGGUCACUCAAGCAAACUAAUGUCGAAAAUCAGCUGUUUGAGCUUCUGGGAACUAGAGUGGUGAAAAUCUUCUCUGGGAGAAAGCUAGAUUAUGAACCAAAACACUGUGCAAAACGUAGAAGUGAUGAGGAUUUCAUGACCCUUGUGGAAUUCUCUAAGCAACAUCCAUAUGGAAAAGCUGUGGCGUUGUUGGAUUUGAAGUUUGGUUCCAUUGAGGCCGAGGAGAAUUGGUUGGUUUUGCCUGGGAUCUUAUCUGCUUUCAUACUCAAUACUCUUUUGAAGAAAGGAGGAUCUAAUGGGUUUGAUGCCACAACCAAAGUGGCGCAACAGGAAAGCCUUAAAAGUAAUGGACUAAAAGAGGAAAGCAAGGACAGACUUGUAGGUACGGUGGAAAAUAAAAUGAAGGCAAACAGUACAAAUGGGCAGACUGCAGCUGCUGUCAUAGCUCCUGAGAAAGGAAGUGGUUGUGGCGGUGGUGGAUGUAGCGGUGAAUGUGGAAACAUGGUGAAAGCAGCUAUGGCUAGUGGUUGCGGUAGUGGUUGCAGUGGUGAAUGUGGAGACAUGAUGAAGGCAGCAAACGCCAGUGGUUGCGGUAGUGGUUGUAGUGGUGAAUGCGGAGAAAUGAUGAAAGCAACAAAUGCCAGCGGUUGCGGCAGUGGUUGUAGUGGAGAAUGCGGAGAAAUGGUGAAAGCAUCAAAGGCUAGCGGCUGUGGUGGUGGUUGCAGUGGUGGUGGUUGCAGUGGUGAAUGUGGAGACAUGGUCAAAGCAACAAAAGCCAGCGGCUGCGGAGGUGGUUGUAGUGGAGAAUGUGGAGACAUGGUGAAAGCAUCAAAGGCCAGCGGCUGCGGCGGUGGUUGUAGUGGAGAAUGCGGAGACAUGGUGAAAGCAUCAAAGGCCAGCGGUUGUGGCGGUGGUUGCAGCGGUGAAUGCGGAGACAUGGUGAAGGCAGCAUAAUCUGGUGUUUGUUGGGGUGACAACCGUUGUGGCUUGAGAAUCAAUAGCAAACCGGUCAAGUUUGUAUAAUAAAUAAAAGCUUCUCUUUGUGUUUUCUUUCAUAAGUUUGUUUUUCUUUUGUUUGUAAAAAUGGAAAGCUUGUUAUAUAUUAAUAUGUUGCCUGGACACUAGUGGAGAGAUAAUGCUGAUGUCCUAAUGUACUCUAACUGAAGCUUAAGCUUAAGCUUUAUUGCUCAAGUAUGUUGAUGGUUGCUA